AUGGCUGCUCCGUACAAAUUGUUCACGUUAAAGUACAUCAGAGUGGACCUGAUGGAUUACUUCGAUGUUGGUAGCAUUGUCAGAUAUGAUCAUGAACGAUAUCAAGAUUAUGAUAUCGUGGUGUGUGGAUAUCUAUGUCUGAAACACGUGGAAACAGCGAUAGUAGCUGAUUCGAAGAAAAUCAAUCUACUGAACUACAUUUCCAAGGACGCACCAAUUCCCAUCAGUUUUCGAGCCUGGGAGACGUACGAGUAUCCACUCCUGCCAGCGACUUCUAAACACGUCUGGGUGGUGAAAUGCUCAACCCAAUUGGAAAAACCUUACUAUGUCAUCGUGGGAUUCCAAACUGACCGCAAAAAUCGAACCAACAAAAAUGCGAGUUGUUUUGAUCAUUGCAACAUCCGCGACAUAAAGCUCUUUCUGAAUUCUCAAAGUUACCCUUAUGGUAACCUGAAUCUUGAUAUUAGUCAUAAUCAAUAUGCGUUACUCUACGACAUGUAUACGAAUUUCCGAAGCUCUUACUACGGUAAAGAAGCUGAACCACUCUUGAGUAAGACCGAUUUCCUCACCUAUGCUCCACUUAUUGUCAUUGAUUGA